GCCCCAGCCCCUACUGCCUUGCACUCUCGGCUUCUGCUUGUUCCUGCUGGACAUGAGCGUUGCCGCACGUUCCCGUGCCCCCAGCCCCUGGCUGGGCCGGGGGCUGCUGCUCCUGGGACUGCUGCUCCUGCCCGCGGUGGUCACCCUCCCCACAGCCCCAGGGGACCUGGAGGGAGGAGACGAGGACCUGCGCUGCGUGUGUCUGAAGACCACCUCCCUAGUCCGCCCCAGGCACAUCAGCAGCCUGGAGGUCAUCGGUGUGUCAAGCUACUGUCCCACCCCCCAGAUGAUAGCUUCGCUGAAGGAUGGGAGGAAAAUAUGCCUGGACCCGAAUGCCCCUGUGUAUAAGAAAAUAAUUAGGAAGCUUUUGAAGAGCUAG